AUGACACUUUGUGCAUCUUGUGCAGAUGUUGUGAGACCUGUGGGGCGGUUCAGCAGCCCCUCCCUGCAGCAUCGACGCUUUUACCUAACAACUACUACGCCAUGGGGCCAUCACAUGGCAAAGACGAAAUUGUCGCGGAGAGGCAGAUGGAUAAUAGAUAGCCAAAUCGGAGAUGAGAUGAUCUUUCAGGUCAUGGGCGUGAUCAAGGUGGCCGACCAGAGGGCCGCUGUGGACAAGGACGACCAGUUCCAUCAAGAUGAUUGUGUGCACAGCGUGGAGGCCAACUGUGCAGUGAGAGACGGAAGCACGUGGGCUUCGUGA